GACAUCACACUACACUACAGUACACCCAGCUUGUCUUUAUCUUAAAGUUUGCAGUUUGAAUUAUGGAAACCUCGUCUUGGUCUUCAUCACUGUGUGAGCUGUAGCAUCAACACAUUUCUUCAGAAACUGCUGCAGAUGAACCAAGACUGUUUUUGUUUGCUGUCCCUCAUCACUUUGUGUCUCUUUGUGUCGUGUCCUUUAUUGUUUCUCAGUUGAUGAAUUUUUUGGCAUCUUGUAGUUUUUUUUAAAUCUAGCUGUCAAUUUGUAGUUUCAUCUCUUUUUGGUCUGUUUUUCGCACCUCUUUGUAGUUAUUGUGUAUCUUCUUAGUUGUGUCUUUUGCACUGUUUCUAACUGGUUUAAUGACUUUAAGUGUCCAUGUGAGUAUUUGUUUUACUUUCCAACAAUAAAGGAAGCUGUCACUUCAAACAGCUCCUCGCUGUAACCUUUGCAUGGUUUAUGAGACCUAAAUGUGAAGCUUUUAUUUUAUUUAGUUCUUUUUUUAAAGAUUUAAUUAGCUGCAUCAACCAAACAUACGACACAUAUGCAGUUAAAGUUCAGCUGGUUGUUUCUCUUGUUUCAGCUGAUUUGAUUAUUGAACAUCUUGUUUGUGCUCUCAGCCUGGUGUCAUCCAUCCAGUCCAUCAUGGCCUCCUCAGUCGGAUGCAUCAUCAUCACAUCCUGCAGGGACGUCAUCGAGGACCGACAUUGGCUGACUGAUGCCUACAUCUUAUUUGCCACGCCUUACUUUGCCUACGACAUCUACGCCAUGUUCCUGUGUUACUGGCACAAGCUGCAGGUCAAAGGUCACGAGGAGGCAGGCCAAAGCGUCGGGUCGAUGGGAGCCGCUGUGAUUGGUUACCUGCGCAGGGAGUUCCUCAUGGUGCUGCACCACAUCUUCAUGGUGACCUUCUGCUUCCCUGCCUCUCUGCUGUGGAGGCAGGGUAAAGGUGAUUACUUCCAGGGCAUCUUGUUUCUGGCUGAGCUCAGCACCCCGUCCGUCUCUCUGGGGAAAGUCCUGAUCCAGUAUAAGAAGCAGCACACGCUGCUGCACAAAGUGAACGGCGUCGUCAUGCUGCUCACCUUCUUCGGCUGUCGGGUCUUACUCUUUCCCUACCUGUACUACGCCUACGGCAGGUAUGCAUCGAUGCCGAUGUACCAGGUGCCCCUGGUGGCCCCAUGGCAGUGUAACCUGGGGACUGCCCUGCUCUGGCCUCUUCAGCUUUACUGGUUCAUGCUGAUCUGCAGAGGAGCCCUGCGUCUGUUCACCAAACGCUCUAAUUCACCACCUGCAAUUCUUAAAGCCGACGGCAACUUGGCCCCAGCUAACGGCUGCACAACCAAUCAGACAGCUGGUGGAGGAAGAGGAGAGUAAUUUAAUCCGAUCAAGUGACGUCUGCCUUCAGAGCCAAUCAGAUUACCAGGGGGGCGGUGACUGUUACAAACAGAUGAGUGUUUCUUCUCGUUUACGGUAAAAGUUACAAGGAGUGAACGUAGUGACAGAAAAGCUUACAAACCCAGAUCCAUUAUUAAAUGGAAAGGGAGGAAAUGAACAUUAGAAGUGUGAACAAGUUUAAUCAGAAGGGAGACGACGGCUGUUUGUAGUAAAACCACACCAGAAGAAUCAGGAUUUACCGAUCACACUGACGUUUGACGGGAUCAUAUGAGGAGCAAACCUGUACCCCGACCUGUAAGGACAAAACAAGAUAAAACUAUAUAUAAAAAGGUAGAAAUGGUUUGUGUGAAGUUCGUGUGAAAAUGAUAAUAAUUUGUUUAAAGGGAACAGAGAAAUCAUCCUCUAAGAUUAAUUAAAUUUUAAGGAGUCCCACAAGGAUCAACAUUAGGCCCACUGUUAUUCACUCUGCACAAACUGCAGUUAGUCUCCAACGUUCUGCAAUAGUCACAAUUUUGUUCUGUAACAUUUCUCUUCUAUUUGGUUGUGGUCAUUUAAAAUCUCUAAUAACCAGUUCAAGAGCUUUUAUAUUGUGCACACGUGUAACAAAAAAAGUACAUCCUAUUGAGAAGCAAAUUUUCUUAACCAUUGAAAACAGUUAUGAUUGUGUGAUUAUAUAAUCUCUGAUAAAGGUGUCCCACAGGGAUCAACAUUAGGCCCACUGUUAUUCACUCUGCAGAUGAACUCAAUUUAUUCUCAAACUGUAUUAAUCAUGUCAGGAUCCAAUCUGCUUCACCACAUUUUGUAAGCACUGAUUAAGAAUAUAUUAAGGAAUCAAAGUAUUACAUAAUUAUCAAACAGGUUAUUGAACAUUAUUUUGGGGGACUAUUAAAUAGCAUAUUUGUAGGUACAGAGGAGUAGACAUUCAGCCUGUGGUCACGCUGUGAGCUACACUGGCCCUCUAUAUAUUUGUCAGCAUUAAGUAAAGUUGAUUAAAGUUUGUAGUGGUUCUAUAUUAGGUCCCUUAGUUUUUCCACUGUUUCUAACAGUAAAUAUUGUCCAGCUUCAUUCUGCAAAGUCAGUUUUCAAGCUGAUGAUAGCUCUUCCUUUUUUCCCCCACGAGCACAACAGAGCCUGCUUUCAGUUACUUUCACACUUUUUUGCACGUUGGUAUCCAACAUCAAAGCUAUGCAAGUGUUUACAGUUGCCUUCACCUCUGUAUUAGUCACUUUUACCUGAAGAAAGGACUUCUUACUCCUGCGUACAACAUCAUCUGCAGUGUUUAUGCUGACAAUACCAUCUUGAGGAUUCAUGACUUCAUUAACAUUUUGACCAGUGUGUGUUUAACAGUGCCGGGGCCUUUUAAUAAACAACAAAAACCACAGGCCUGUAUGUACAGAGGUUUGUUUUCUGAUCCACACUCAUGUGACUCAGUUCCACGUCGGCUCGUUUUAAUCUUCUGUCUGAUUUUUUUGCAGCAUAUAAUUUGUUCUGGUGUCUUUCUACAAAAUACAUGUUGAUCAAAGAGCUUCCUGAAUUAAUAAACUUGACUUAAAACAGAAUAUUUUACAUGAAUUUUCUGAUCAUCUCUGUAUGAAGCAUCAAGAAUGACUUUUACUAUUGUUUUAUUAUUAUUUAGUUUCCAGUUAUUUCUCAGGGAUAACAGUUAACUUUUUUGUUUUUUGGUCCCGGACC